GCAUCCAUACUGGGGAUGGGGGUGGGGGUGGAGGUGGGGGACCUGCAGACCUAUUCAUUUUGUGAGGCAGGUGCAGAAUACCUCCCUCUGGCUCCCAAGAGGUCUAACCACAGCCUCUUGCAGGGAGGCCCUGGACACCUCUAUCUGCUCAAGAACAAGGUGGCCACCUUUGCCAAAGUGGAGAAAGAAGAGGACAUGAUUCACUUCUGGAAGCGGUUGAGCCGUCUGAUGAGCAAGGUGAACCCAGAGCCGAAUGUCGUCCAUAUCAUGGGCUGCUACAUCCUGGGGAACCCCAAUGGGGAGAAGCUGUUCCAGAAUCUCAGGAACCUCAUGACUCCCUACAGGGUCGCCUUUGAAUCACCCCUGGAGCUGUCUGCCCAAGGGAAGCAGAUGAUUGAGACCUACUUUGACUUCCGGUUGUACCGCCUGUGGAAGAGCCGCCAGCACUCAAAGCUGCUGGACCUCGAUGAGGUCCUGUGAGGGUCCGGCCAUGGGCACUGCAUCCAGGACACAUGGCCCUGGUCUUGCCCAGAGCUCUUCAGGGGCCCCAGGAGGUCACUCAGGUUCUCAUGGGAUUCAGUCCUUACUGCACCCAUGGCCCCAAGGCUGCAGUCCCGGGCCAGCAGACACCCAGUGUUUGGGGCAUCGACCUGCCGGCCUCGCCUGGAGGCUGCAGUGUUGAAAUCUCCUCCGCGGGUUCAUAGAAAUAAGUGCAAUUUCUUAUGCUCCUGAAACAAUCUGAAGGGAAGCAGCAUUACUAGUUAACUAGUCCAGCGCUAGGCUACUAGUUACGGCGUAGACUACCCGGCCUAGUGUAUGUCCAGGUCCUCCUCUCCCCACCCCUUAGCCCUGCCGUAUUUGAUCACCAGCACCAGGGUGGCCCCUCUGUCAGCUUUCCCUUCCCCACACCCCUGCUCACUCUGACCUCAGCCGGCGUCAGACCUGGCAAGGGGCAGCCGGGCGGAGGGCAGUGGUAGGAGGGUGGUAGGGGCUGCUCCCAUUGCCCUGGGCCCAGCAGCUCUCACUUUUGUUGGCCUUGGUUGGAGGCCUCCUCCCCACACAGAGGCCUGGGCUGGGCUGGGCCCUGCAGUGAGAACCACACUGAUGCUGCCAGCCCCACACCCCAAGCCUGAGCCCAAGGAGCUAGUGGGUGGCAAGAGCCCCAGCUCCCCUCCCCAUCUUGCCCAGGGCCCACAGGUGGGCUCUCUUGUACAUAGUUAGGGCUUGGGGGCAGGCCCCCCUCUCGCAGGCCCAGGGCCGAGGGCACCUGGCUGUGUCCCUGGCUGGGGAUGGGGCUGGGCUCUACACAAUGUACGAUACCCUCGAGUGACCAUUAAACCUGAUCCUCUGCUGUG